AUAAAUUAAUAAAUCACAGGGAAAGAAGCUGGGGAGAGAGAAACUGAGACUCCGGAAAAGAAAUCCGUGGAGUUAUUUAAUUAUCCCCCCACCCCCGACCUGAUCCUCUCUCGCUGACGGGGCUCGAUCCGGCCGUUGUGGUGCUCGGCGCUGGCUGCAAAGGGCUCCGAGGAAAUUUCUUGCUCCACAAAGCCGUUCCCGGGGGGGUAUACAGAGGGUUUGGGUUAUUUUCUGGGUUUUAGUUGUUGUUGUUUGGGGUUUUUUUAAGCCUCUCUUCCCCACCCCUCGUCUGAAAGGAGGGGGGUCUGGCUCGCACCUCCCUGGAUGGUGCGGUAGAAAGGAGGGGAGUGAGGGGGUGGAAGGGGGGGCUCGUGGUGGGAGGCUGCCGCGGCUGCUGCUUCUGCAUUGGUGUCUCCCCUAUGGACGAAAACAGCCCUCUGUCUCCCAAGGCGAAUGCUUUCAGUAUCGCCUCUCUGAUUUCAGUCGCUGCCGCCGAGCCAGCAGGGCAGGGAGCGCCGGAGGAGCGCGGCAGCGCGCCCGCCCGCCCCGGCUGCCGCCCGCGGAAGAUGCACUUCAGCACCGUCACCAGGGACAUGGAAGCUAUCUCCAGCCCCUGGCUCACCCAGCUGUCCCAUUUUUGCGAUGUUGCAGCUUUCACCGCCAACAGCCUGAGCAGCCUGAACGCCUCCGGGGGGUACCACCUCUCCCCCUCCCCGGGGGACCCGUACGGACAGCAUGAGCCGCCGCACUACGAGUCCUGCACGGCUCAGCAACACUCGCACCCGCAGCCCCAGCACGGCUACCCCUUCGGCGGGGCGGCGGCCGGGGCCAACCCGCCGCCCCCUGGCCCCGAGCCGCCCGAGAGCGCCGGGGGAGCCGCGGGGCCGGCCACCGGUUCGGGCUGCUCCGCCGCGGCCAAGGCGCCGGUGAAGAAGAACCCGAAGGUGGCCAACGUGAGCGUCCAGCUGGAGAUGAAGGCGCUGUGGGAUGAGUUCAACCAGCUGGGCACGGAGAUGAUCGUCACCAAGGCCGGCAGGCGCAUGUUCCCCACGUUCCAGGUGAAGAUAUUCGGGAUGGACCCCAUGGCUGACUACAUGCUCCUCAUGGAUUUUGUCCCCGUGGACGACAAGCGAUACCGGUACGCCUUCCACAGCUCCUCCUGGCUGGUGGCCGGCAAGGCCGACCCCGCCACCCCCGGGAGGGUGCACUACCACCCGGACUCCCCGGCCAAGGGCGCGCAGUGGAUGAAGCAGAUCGUUUCCUUCGAUAAGCUCAAACUGACCAACAAUUUGCUGGACGACAACGGGCAUAUCAUUUUGAACUCCAUGCACAGAUACCAACCGCGUUUUCACGUGGUCUACGUGGACCCCCGGAAAGACAGUGAGAAAUACGCGGAGGAGAACUUCAAAACCUUCGUCUUCGAGGAGACGCGCUUCACGGCCGUGACCGCCUACCAGAACCACCGGAUCACGCAGCUGAAGAUCGCCAGCAACCCAUUUGCCAAGGGAUUUAGAGACUGCGACCCUGAGGACUGGCCCAGGAAUCACAGGCCAGGGGCCCUUCCUCUCAUGAGCGCUUUUGCCAGAUCCCGGAAUCCAGUGUCUUCUCCGGCUCACCAGAAUGGGACAGAGAAAGAUGCAGCCGAGAGCCGGCGGGAUUUCGAGCGGGAGGCAGCGGGGCCGCCGCUACCGGAGGCGGCGCACCAGCAGCUCCUGUCCCGCGUGCUGAGCCCGGCGCUGCCGAGCGCGGCGGGGCUGGUGCCGUUGGGCGGCGCGGGCGGCGGCCGGCCGAGUCCCCCGCACUCCGAGCUGCGCCUGGAUCCCGCCGCCUCAGAGCCGCUGCACCACCACCCCUACAAGUACCCACCCGCCGCCUACGACCACUACCUGGGCGCCAAGAGCCGGCCCGCCCCGUAUCCACUGCCCGGCAUCCGCGGCCACGGCUACCACCACCAUCACCAUCAUCACCACCACCACCACGUCAACGCGGCAGCCGCCAACGUGUACUCGCCGCCCGGCGCGCCCGCCGCCUACGACUACGGGCCCCGAUAGCGCGCGCGGCUGCCCUUUCCCGCCCUCGCGCCCAUUGGCCGAGCGGCGGCCGCGGGGGGGGUGGGGCCUGCGCGCGGCCGCACGAAGCCACAGGGAGACGCGGGCAUGCGGGAGCGCGGCCUCGCCUGAGGGAGUGCCUCGCGGCUGCGCUGUCUGAACUCACUGUCCGCGGGGCUGGGGGUCGCCGGCGCGGCCCGGGGGUUGUGGAGCUGCUGGGAGAGGCGGGGGUUACGACCCUCCGCGUGCUCGCGGGUGCUGAGGCGUGGGGGCCGCGGGAGCUGCCCGGGGUUCCCGCAGAGCGGCGUGUGCUCUGCGUGCUGCCGCGCCCUGCCCUGAGCUCUCGAUGCUCUCUUGUCCAUAGGGGCCUUUCAGAGGAACUGCAGGGUUUUUCUUCCCCCUGAAUGCCUCACCCUUUACCCUUGGCUCCCCCAAACCACACUAGUCCCAAAGCACCUAUUCUGCACCUGCCUGCUUGCUGCACCUUCCCUUUUAGAACUGGUGAGUACUUUUUUCUUUUCUCCUUUAACACCUCCUUCCAGUCUCUCCUUGGUUUUGAAAGGAUCACCCUGUUCAUCACAGUUUCGCCAGUGAUGCUUUGGAAUAGCUGGCUCGUGUUUCUUGUCAGAUGCUUACAGAUGCAGUCCCUUGGUGUUCAGAGAAGGUAUUGAGCAGCUCCUCAGCUGUGGGGGGUAUACAGUAUUAUGUACACUUUUCUGAUUCUUCCAUGUGACUAUGAAAAGAAGGGGGUUAUUUUUUUGUUGUUUUGUUUUUGAAGUCCUCUUCAUUCACAUUUGUGCAUUUUCACUAUAGUGGUAGUGGCAGUGUUAAUAGCAACGUUUAUUCUGUCUGCGGCAGUGGGGUUUGGGCUUAAAACUUUUUUCAAAGAGUUUUAAGAAGGCUGACAGAAAUAUUUUACAUAUUUUUUUCUGUUAUAAAAAGAAAUAUAUCUGGAUCCAUGAAAAAGACUUGUGCAAGAAAUAUGUAUUUUAUUUGACAUUUGCAGUGAAUUGUGUCUUAUUGUCUGGCUAAACCAUAAUUAAUGUUCUCAGAAAGGUUGGUGUAAAAUAGCCUUGCGCUUGUUACUGGUCAGUGGGAAUCUGCUCUCUGAUGUGGUCUGUUGCUUUGCCACUGUUAUUCCAGAGUUUUCAGUAUGAUUUGUUAUCUGUAAACUGAUUAGUGCCAAAGCUUUGGUCAAAUGCUUAUUGAAGUUAUUAUAUUUAUUAUUUCUUUCAAAGAUUAUGCAAACACUUUUUUCUUUCUAGAUAGUUACAGUGUAGGAAAAAAGUGAAGACAACCAAAGAAUCAUAUCUGCAAACAGUGUAGAUACAUGUAGAUAUUUGUAGAUAUUUGUAGAUAAUCUUAUUUUGUUUAAGUUGAAAAGACAUUGGACGGUGACAUUUAUAAAUGUUUUUCCUCUUUCUUUUAUUUCUGUUUGAUUACAUGUGUGUAUUUGUCAGUUUGCCUGCUCUGAAGCCUAAACCUCCCUUGCAAAGUGAGGUCACUUAAAUAAGGAAGGUUGCUAACCUGGGGUUGUUGAGUAUAUCUCCCCAGGUGAUUGCCCCCCACCCCCGCUUUCUCUCCCCUUCACUGUGGGAGCUGCCCGUGGUUGUAGUGAUCUGUCAUGCAAUGAAUUGCCAGGUGGGGGUCCCAGGUGGAAAUGUGUGCAGUAGACAUCCGUUUCUAAUUGGAAGCACCUGUUUCCCUUAACAAUACCUGGAGUGCUGUGGGAAGUGCCACUGGCUCUCAGUACAGAUCAGCCAUGCUGCUGUUCAGACUCUACUGCACAAGAGCCAAGAGGAGAGCAUGGCCCAAGACACCAAGAUUAAACUGUGCUUUUACAGAAAGAAACUCAAGGUCCUUGCCUCGAUUGUAGGACGUCUCCAUUAGAAGUAGACAAAAUCGCAGCACUUCAAGCUAUGGCUGUGGGCUCUCAGGAUCAGUGAUCUGUGCUCUGUGCCAGAAGAACCACUAUAGAAGUCCUGAGUCUGAAUGGAAAGGACAGGCCAUGCAGCUGUAUCAGCUACAGUUUUCACUAUGAAAAGGGGAUUUCUAACCAUGCUUAUAGGCAGUCAACAUGCAGCGUGCUUAUAUAUGUUAGUAUUAAGCAUGUUAGCAAUCCAUUUCAUGUCGUGCUUUAUUCCUUCAAUGGAGCUUCCUUGAGGCUUGGACUAGUGUUUUCACCCUGUACAGCAGUGUCUGUUUCACUGGGUGGGAGUGGUCCAGAUAUGCAGAGCAAGCAAUGUUAUUUUUCUGUCGCAACAAAAAAUGCACUCCAAACGAAGAAAAACCCUGUAACACUGCACAUUGAGUAGGUGAAGCCUCUUUAAAACCACAGAAAAUCUCCAACACUUUAAUUUCAUGUUACCUGUCAGACAGUUAGUCCAGGUUUAUUUGGUGCAGGCUGUGCCUUAUCUAUAUGUGUUGCAGUUUCCUUUGAAAAAUGGCAUUUUAUGAUUUGGUUACGUGUAUGUUUAAACUUCAUGCAGUACAUGCCAUCACCAAGGGCAAUGGCACUUACUCAGAAGUCAGAAGGAAGGCUGCGGCAUUUCCAGACACUUUCACUUAACAGUGGCCUCGAGUCACACAUAACACUAUUUGAAAGCUGCUGGUAAAGCAGGCCCAGGCCCAGGGGUUACAGGCCCCCUUUGUCUCUUUGGAAUAAGGGUGGAGAAUAAAUUAGCCAGUUUUCCAGAGGUAAAGGCUGAAUUUACUGAUUGCUCCAAAGGUCUGCAAACCACAUCCCUUACCCCAGUGGAUAAACACAGGAUUAGGUAUCUGCAGGUGAAACAAGGGAUGCGUUUGCUUGGUCACUUAUCUCAAACAUCGGGGAUAGCUCAGGUUUUCAGGAACGUUUUCGGUGGUGGUGGUUUUACUUUUUCCUUGUGAUCGGAUCUGACUAAAUUCAGUAUAGCAUAGGAGUACGGGGGGCGCGACUUCUGUGUGCUUGCAGUGCUCGUGCUGUUUACACUCCUUACGGCUGUUCUUUUGAAUUCUUCUUCUUGCUUGGAGAGACUCUAGAGCCGCUUCGGGUGGGUCUGUAAGGUGGUGUCCCCAGCAGCUGCCUCUGGGCACCGCAGGGCGCUGGCAUCUCUGCAGUCGGGCUCGAGCACGCCAGGGCAGCGAGCGCUCCAGCCGCCUGCGGGUCACAGCGCGGGGAACGACCGCAGCGCUGCUGCGCAUCCGAAGGCUUUCUGCCGCCUUUCCGGGCGCCCCCCAGCGGCUUAUAAAAUGUGCUCUCGUCGAAGCCAGAGGCGCCCGUUGUCUGCGGGAACCCCGUUACGGGAUCAGAGGUUUUGCUCAUCUCCAAGAGCAGACCUUCAUCCUCUUUUCCUGCCUGGCACGUUGUAUGCAAUCAGUGCAAAAGGCAAAACCUGGUUUUGAAGAUAGACGUUAAUUUUGAAAAACAUACACAUGUCCUACGUACACUAUGUAUGUGUACAUACAACUGCUUUUCAAAGGUCUGCCUCCCUUUGUGGAAUCUGUGUAAAGUCCUGCAUGUGUUGCAUAUGCCAGAAAAAUGCCCUCAUUCCCCCCACUGACAGAAAUGACUUAUUAUAAAUUUACCAAAGGUACCGUAGGUUUAGAAAUUGGCCACAUGUGUCUGUGUAAUAUAUUCAUUAUAUCACAUUUCAUAGCAUUUCUGUUUCAUGAAAUUCAGCCUUGACUAUGUCACAUAUGUUUUGCAUAUAUGUGCAAUAGUCAGCCAAAUAUAUCCGAGUAAAGUAUGAUAAAUGUGUUCUUUCCAUAUGGGAAAUUAAAUGUUUUUCCAGAUAUUUAAAAAAAGUUUAUGAAGAGCAGCCUAUACAAAAUAAUUACAAUAAAUCACUCACUUCUAUUUAUGUUCAAAUUAUAAAUUUGAACAGUAACAAAGUGAUUAAGAACAAAAGCCAGGAAAGACACAUUUAGGACCUAGUUCUAUAAAGAGAUGGAGCAGCACAGGGGGAAGGACAGCACCUGCGUAUUUCAAGGUUAGCCACUACAUAGUGUACAGUCAUGCAGACUCGUACAACAACUUCCAUCUUAUGCUCCCAGAAUGAUUCAGUGGCUGAUAAAGGGCAGCUGCUCCUCACCUCCACAAGAGGAUGAAUAUUUCCUGUUCACUGUGCCUCAUGGAGCAAGUGCCCUGCUGCGGCUCUUCUAGCCCAAGCCCUAGUUACCUAGAGGUUUGUAGUGUGUGUAUGAGCCGUUUUCGGUAGUCAUUGGUAGGUGGAGAAGAAAGGGCAUGUUUUCUUGCAACCACAUACACUCUCAGUGACACCGGUCCUGGUAGCUAACCUCAAGCCAAGGACACCGCUGUGGUUAUCGCUGUGCUCUGUACCUGCCGGUAAUGGGCUUGACUAAACAAGUGCCCAGGCUCUCCGGCUGCAGUCCUUGGGUUGAAUCUGUAAAUUGCAAAAGGAAGGUAAAAAUGGAAUAAACACCAUGUAAAACUCACUGAAGCACCUUUGUGUGAGUUUGUACUAUUGCUUUUUCAAUGGUCUUAGCUUGGCUGAUGGACAGGGGCUCUGUGUUUGUUGGCUUUUUUUAUCUGCUUGCCUGGUGCUCCCACUGUCCCUGGUUCUUGGGGCAGAGGGUUGCCCUUCUCCCUUGGUGCUCCAGUCCCCUUUUGGCUGGGGCGUGCGCGCCAGCCACAGGCAGGCAGAGCGAGCACUGAGAGCAGCAGGAUUGUGGGCCAGGCCAUCCCCUUCCAGUCAUCUUAAAGGGCAGAGGAAGGAUGGUGAGAGAGGGGAGCAGCGGCCCUCCUCCCAGGCUGAUUUUAUUUCAGCGCUGCUGUACAUGUUUCUUUUAUUUCAGUAAACAUGAAGUGAGCCUUUCAUUCUGUUCUCUUUCCUGCUUGUUGUCAACUACUUCAAACCAGAUGGGCUCAAGAGAUAAAAUGACAAAGACUCAAUGUCUCUAUUUAGCGUGAUGCCAAGUCUGCAUGCCAUCAAAAUAUCCGAGGCAAAAAAAUCUGAAAAGACAACAGUUACUGUAAUUACUAUGUUAAAAGCAGCCUAGAUGCUUUUCUGUGAACACAGACAAUGGACCCAUGAAUCACUGAGAUUGCAUAUCAGCAAUUUUUUUAAUUACCAUGAAGACAAAUGCCAUGUCCACAGUCUUUGCCAUGUUUAGGUUAUUAUGUUGGCCCAAUGCACCAACCUUCCUCCUACCUAUGUCAGAACAUGUUUAUAGAAAGCAGUGCCAUGGGUGCCUGGAAAACGUACCUUUGCAUGUGUGAGAUGCCAGAGCUAUGGAACAGCAUAAUGGUGCAAGAUUUUAACAUCCUCCGUAGUUCCCUGAUCUGGACAUAAUUGGGAUAAAUCAGCCCUACAGCUGGUAGGAAAGAGAGAUCAUUGCCGUCCAGUAAGUGCCAAAGGAUUUCUUUAGGUUUUUUUGCUGCCCUUAUUCAGGUAUACUGUGAAUAAAAACCAGGAGGAAACUACGUCCAGCUGUAAUCGCAAUCUAAUGUAACAGCUUUUUAAAAAUUGUUUAUUUUUUUUAAUUAGAACUUCCAGUUGUAAUAGGCAAUUGUUAGAAUUAAUAUUUUUUUUUUACUGCUGUGUCACUCUCCUAUAAGGAGACUAUCAGUACUGGUCUGGGAUGGUCUGCAGUGCUCGUGGCUGCCUCGGGAUCUCAGUCCCUCCACUGCUGUCUCCAGUGGCACUAUAACAUUUGGUAUUGUGCCUGCUUGUAGUGGAGAAAUAAACUUAUGUUCCACUGGUGAGCACACGCAUAUUUAGAGGUAUAGGCUCCAGUUUACAGGAUUUCCUAGUGUUCCAGCACCUUUAAAAAAGGGUGGUGGGGCAGUAAAAGCAAAUACUUCUGAAACUGAAGGGAGUCUGUGUACAAGAUUAUCAGGCAGACCUAUCACCGGAUGCUCUAGGUACUUUUCCUCCCUGUCAUCCUUGUCCUUUUGCCAUAAGGAAUGUGCCAUCUUGCUGGAGGUGGUUUGCUUCUAGGUCCACGUGCUUUCCAGAAUCUUUGUAUCAUCGAACUUAGAGGACAACUUCCUGCUUUGUUUUGAUUUGUCCCCUUCACCCUCCUCUUAUAAUAAUACUGAACUGCACAUCCAAUCCCCUGAGCUGUCAGAGUAAGGCAGUGCACAGUAAUGCUGGAAGAACAUACAGAUACAUUUCAUACCAUUAAUCAGAUGAGCAAAAUAUUCAGAGUUGAGAGGAUGAUGCUACUGCUACCAUCCCAGCUACGAGGUUUAUCAGUACAUUACAGUAUCACAGCUUUUGUAAAGAGCUGUAUUGAAGGGGAAUAAAUGCUAACAGCUAAAACAAAAUUCACCUCUUCAGACAUGAAUUGGGGGGGUGUACCGCUACAUGGGGGGUGGAACUGCUCGGGGGCAAAAAUCUUAACAGGCUGAGUAGAUGUAGCUGAUUGAUAGCUUUAACUGCAUAGGAGAGCAGACAGCUCAACACAAACAGCCCUGUUAUUUCAUGAUGUUUGAUAAGGGGGGGUGGGGGUAAUAAAUAAAACCAUACACCAGGAUUGCUAUGUGACAAUCCAGCCCAGGCUCUGGCUGCUGGUCUUGUCCUGACCAAAAAGUAUGAAUGUAUAUGGUAAGGUCAGGAGACAAAGAAUUUGGUAUCCAGAAUAUGGUUACUUGCCCCAUACUUACUUUGAUGCUAUUGGCAAGUGGUAUGCUUCCAUUUCAGUCUAUUUAACAAGCUGCAUUUCUGUCAUCUGCUUUAUCUCCAGUAGUGCAGACAUGGGGGUUGUUGUGUUAUCAUCGUUUCAUACUGUGAGAUCCUUAAAUGAACUGCCAACCUCCCCCAUGUGACCUUAAUUCUGUGUAGUUUUCUUCACAUUAUGAAAGAAAACACCAGCUUGUCCUAGAAGAGCAGAGCCUGGAUUAAACACAGCCAGAUUGACUUGAAAAAAUUACUCUAGUAGGGGGACCCAGGCUGGAAUUUCAGAAUACUAAAAACAACAGAAAAACUGUGCCUUCCUCUUGAAUCACUGCUAUCACUUGCUCGGUAGCACCCUGGUUGUGCCUAAACAUCAAACUUUGUGUCUCAUCAUUGCUGUAACGUUGUCAAGUAUUAAUCCAGAAAGGCAUGUGCUGUGUUUUAUGUAAUGAUCCAUACUUCCACACCACAGACACACAGCCAGAAAAGGAAACACAUUGAUUUAGCACUCGGUAAUCCUUCUGUAAUCCCCAGUCCUUUGGUUUACAUCACUAACAUGGCUCCUGCAGUAGUCAGUGUUCUAUCUUUGUUCUUGGCAGACUGAAUUAAAGGAAAGAUUUAUUAAUUUGUAAGUUGGCUUUGUAGAUGCAUCUUAAUUGUGCUAAAAAACAAAGCAGUCCAGAAGCCAGAAUUGACUUAACUAUAAAAAGCUGCUCUUUAAAACUCAAACCUUUGUGACAAUCCAAGUCAAGCUGCAGAGAGCAGUUUGUUGGCUCACUAGGCAAUUGCAUUGUAUAGGGCUAAAUUUAACAGCUGUCUCAUUGCAGCCCCUCAGCCUACUUCCUUUUUCACCGAUUACUACAAAUACAAUUAAUCUCCUCUUUCCUUGCUUGUCUAUACCUAGGACUGCAGUGCUUUAUGGUGCAUGUACUGAUAAGAGAAAGGGGUUGUAACUAAUGUAAAAAAAUGUUAGAGGGUCAGAGAUCACCAUUCAUUCCAGUGGUGAUAAAUAUUCCAUGUAAUUGCUAAACAAACACUGGUGUUUAGGGUUUAUUUCUAUUUAUUUAUGGAUGCUGGUUGCUUUCUUCCCUCUCACAGUGCCAAAGACAGUGAUUCUUGGGAGGAUGCCUUCUGUAAUAAUUUAGCUGUCAUCACCUUCACUCCUGAGUCCUUUAGGCCAGGUACAGGCUAGCCCCGUUCCUUGCUGGCACGUGAGAUUCCAGGGCUAACUCCAGUGGCUUAAGGUGGUUCUCCACUCACAACCUUCCUGCUAGAAAGUCAGCUGAACUCUGGAGUGAUAACCAUGCUUGUGUUACAGCUCUAAAGAGUUACCUUUUUUUUUUUUUCCCCUGAAAAAAAAGAGCAGUUACUUUCCUGGAUGCAAUCAGAGAACUGCAUUUUACAGUCUACAGCAAUGUAGACUGUCCUUCCUGUUGGAAAUCAUUCCACUUUGGGGAAGUUCUGGUCAGUUCCUUAAGCAAAUAAACUUUUAGAAGACUGUAAUUCACAUUCUGACUAUGGCAUUUAGGCUCAACUCUAAAUCAAACAAAGGUUGUCUGGUUGCUCAUUCUGAGAAAACUAUAAUGUGAAAGAACAAUCCGUUUAUUGAAUGUUUAAAUAAAAUCCGCAGUGAUGUAAAGUGUUAAUGAAGUAAUUGUUGCAAUGUGCAAAAAAGUAUGACAUGGAGAGUGCUUUGGUGAUGAGAAGUGAAUAAGUACAGGAUGGGUCUGUUCUUGCAAGCAGCUCUGCAAUGUGUCCCCUUCCGUGAAGCUGAUGGAAACUCCUCACCUCUGUGUCUGCCUGCUAGUAACGAUACAGGUGCGGUUCAUGCCCUCAUUUUCACUUCAAGCUUGCAUGACUGAGUUUAUUUUUAAAUCUACCUAGUCAGACAAAGAUAAAUAUUUAACCCCCAGCAAAGGGCAGUAAGUGGUGAAGGUACACAGUAAUCUUGAGAGUACCUUCCGAAAGACCUAUUAGUAUAUCUAAACAUCCCCCAUGAGGCUCCAUAGUUACUUUAGACACUGAAGUUGACAGUAAGUGACUUUUUUUCAAAGAAUAUACUCAGAGGUUCCUAACUUUCAGACUCUGACCCAGUAUCAACCUUAGUAAGAUACAGGGCAUUAAUCCAUUCUUCCUGGGGGCUGCCACUCUGCCAAUCGCAUAGUCUUUGCAUCAGAAGUUGUUUCCAACAGUGGCUGUAAGAUGUACAGGACUUCACUGAAGAUGUAUUUUGUGCACUGCUUUGGGGACCGAGGUCUAGAACUGCGCAGGGGUGGCUGUAAGCCAGCCCAUGGGCCAGCUCUGCCCUGCCAGGAGCAGAAGCCAGGCUGUGCCAAAGCCUUGGAGCCCCACAGCAGCCCUGGAGCAAGAGGUGCUCAUAACCGGCAUUCAGAACAGGGGAUGCGCUGAGCGUGGAGCUGCCCUGAAAGGCUGGAGAGGUUUGCAUCUUUGUCUCCGCGCCAGUCUUGAAACUGGCUUCUUCCCACUUACAAUUCUCUCUGGGGGCACCUGUCUGGUGCCUUUUCCUGUCAGGAGGAUGAGAGGAGGGAGUGACUGCUGCUUCUCCACUGGGACCAGGCUGUCUCAUUUCCUACCAUAACCAUUUGCCCUGGAUUUCCUUUCCUUUUCUGCUGGGUGAGCACUGAACCUACAGCUCAGUUCUGUGGAAACUGCCCAGCUGUGCAAGCUGCCAUCGUGUAGAGGAAUGCUGGC